AGGGAUCCCGCCUUUGGUGCUGCCCAGUCAGAGAAUUCUUUAAAUACAGUCCAGCAGUGGUCACACAGAACGGACAAACUUAGACUGGAGGAGGGAAGAUGAUGUCCUUGGAUGGACUGCAGAAAAGCAUCAGCAACCCGAUCAUUCCAUAUGUUGGGACAAUACUUGGUGGCCUUGUUCCUGGAGAGCUGAUUGUGAUACAUGGGACUGUUCCUGAUGAUGCAGACAGAUUCCAGGUGGAUUUACAGUGUGGCAGCAGCAUAAAGCCCCGAGCUGAUGUGGCAUUUCAUUUCAACCCCCGCUUCAAAAGGUCUGGCUGUGUUGUUUGCAACACACUGGAGAGGGAAAAAUGGGGCUGGGAAGAGAUCACUUAUGAGAUGCCGUUUCAAAAAGGGAAGUCGUUUGAGAUUGUAAUAAUGAUUUUAAAGGAUAAAUUCCAGGUGACUGUAAACAAGAAGCACUUACUGCUCUACAACCACAGAAUUAGCCUGGAAAGAAUAGAUACUCUUGGGAUAUAUGGCAAAGUGCAUAUCAAAACUAUAGAUUUUGUUUCUAAUGGGGAUGUGCCAGAUGGUUCACAAUUUGGAGUUCCUUACGUUGGGAAACUUGAUACUGCACUUCGCCCGGGAUGCACAGUUGCCAUUAAAGGAGAAGUGAAUAAAAACCCUAAGAGCUUUGCAAUAAAUCUGAAAUCGAGUGACUCAAAGGACAUUGUACUACAUCUGAAUCCCCGAAUGAAAAGUAAAGAUUUUGUAAGGAACUCAUACCUUCAUGACAGCUGGGGAGAAGAAGAAAGGGAAAUUGCUGACUUCCCUUUCAGUCCAGGGAUGUACUUUGAGCUGAUCAUUUUUUGUGAUGCCCACCAGUUCAAAGUUGCUGUUAAUGGAGUUCACACUCUGGAGUACAAGCACCGUUUCAAACAAUUUGAAAAAAUCAACAUAGUGGAAAUCAUAGGAGAUGUUACAUUGUUAGAUGUGAGGAGCUGGUAGUUCUUUUCAGUCAGUACUAAAAUAAUUAAACCUUUUCUAAUGACAGUGCCUCCUUGUCAAGUAAACAGGUGCUGCUGACUCAUGCUGAGCCUGCCUUUACCUAUCUAGGCUUCUCUGUCUGCCUCUCUGAGCUAGG